AUGGGGCGAGCCACGGCGGGCAGCGCGCGGCGGUCCCGGAGGGGCAGCGCGGCCACUGCUGCCUCGGCGGGCGGGAACCGGAGGGGCCGAGGGAAAGCAGCGGGGGAACCCUCGGCUGGGUCGAGGACGCAGACACAACCCUCAGGUUCUGGAGCCUUCGAUCUCGGGGCGCAGAGUGGGCGCUGGGCCGCUUUCCAGGAGAGGCACCGGCUGAGCAGCGAGGAGGCGGCGCGGGUGCUGCUGGACGCUUAUGAGUACAGAGGUCUGGUCAAACACUCAGGAGGCUGUCACUGUGGAGCUGUUCGCUUUGAGGUCUGGGCUUCAGCAGAUCUCCAUGUUUUUAACUGCAAUUGCAGCAUUUGCACAAAGAAACAGAACAGACACUUCAUUGUCCCAGCAUCACGUUUCAAGCUGCUGAAGGGUGCUGAUAAUUUGACAACAUACACCUUCAACACACACAGUGCUCAGCACACGUUCUGCAAGACCUGUGGUGUUCAGAGCUUUUAUACUCCUCGUUCAAAUCCAGAUGGUUAUGGAAUAGCUCCCCAUUGUCUGGAUGAUGGCACUGUGCAGACUGUUGUCACAGAGGACAUCAAUGGCAAAGAAUGGGAGAAGGCAAUGAAGGAACACAAGACCAUCAGAGACAUGUCAAAGCUGUGACACACCUUUCCAGCAGCUGAACUGGGAACACUGCCAUGGAACUGUUAUCUAGGAUUUCCUGGGAGGGGGCUGGCAAAGUUAAUCUCUACAUAAUGGUUACUAGUUCUCUGUUUCUUAAAUAAAUCUUCCUAUGCUGCCUGUCUCAUU